AAAGCAAGCAUGUCGUCCCUCAACAAGAAGCAGCUCAAAGAUGUUGACGUAAGCGGAAAGAGAGUCUUCAUCCGUGUCGACUUCAACGUCCCCCAGGACAAGGCCGAUCCUUCCAAGAUCACCAACAAUGCCCGCAUUGUUGGAGCCCUUCCGUCCAUCAAGCACUGCUUGGAGAAGGGUGCGAAGUCCGUGGUCCUUGCCUCCCACUUGGGUCGCCCUGAUGGAGCUCGUAUCGAGAAGUACUCCCUUGCCCCAGUAGCCAAGGAGCUUUCUAAGCUUCUUGACAAGGAGGUCAAGUUCCUUAAUGACUGUGUCGGCGCGGAGGUCGAGGCUGCUUGCGCUGAUCCAGCUCCUGGAAGUGUGAUCCUGCUUGAGAAUGUUCGCUUCCAUGUUGAGGAAGAGGGCAAGGGAGAGGUCAAUGGAGAGAAGAUCAAGGCUGAUCCUGCUAAGGUGAAGGAUUUCCGCGCUUCCCUCCGAAAGCUUGCGGACGUUUACGUGUCCGAUGCCUUCGGAACUGCACACAGGGCCCACAGCUCCAUGGUUGGCGAGGGUUAUGAUGUCAAAUGCGCUGGCUUCUUGGUUGCUAAAGAGCUCGAGAACUUCAGCAAGGUGUUGGACAAUCCAACUAAACCUGUUCUUGCUAUUCUUGGUGGUGCCAAGGUGUCGGACAAGAUUCAACUUAUCAAGAACAUGAUCCCUAAGGUCGACAAGAUGAUCAUCGGAGGGGGAAUGGCCUACACCUUUUUGAAGGUUCUGGACAAGAUGGAGAUCGGAACUUCCCUGUACGACGAGGAGGGAGCCAAGAUUGUUCCAGAGAUUAUGUCCUUGGCCAAGGAGAAGAACGUUGAGAUUGUGCUUCCUGUUGAUUUUGUCGUCUCCUCGAAGUUUGGAGAGGACGGCGAAAUUGGAACUGCCACCAAGGCGGAGGGCAUCAAGGCCGGCUUUAUGGGACUGGAUUGCGGACCUGAAUCCAUCAAGAAGAACAGGGAGGCGAUCAUGAGCUCGAAGACCAUCAUCUGGAAUGGACCUAUGGGUGUUUUCGAGAUGUCAAAGUUCGAGGGUGGAACCAAGGCUAUGAUGGACGACAUGGUUGAGGCAACUAGCAAGGGUGUCUUGACGGUGAUCGGAGGUGGAGACACCGCAACUUGCUGCGUGAAGUACAACACUGAAGACAAGGUCUCUUUCGUUUCCACUGGUGGUGGAGCAUCUUUGGAGCUCUUGGAGGGCAAGGUUCUUCCAGGUGUUUCCGCUCUCUCCGACGCCUAAUUUCGCUGUACUGCCAAGUUGUAACUGUUGCUUAGUAAACCUCCUUGAUCGAU